CAAUCAAAUUGUUAGGCUUUGGACUUCAUACUACAUGCAAAUUGCAUGGCCACCAAUAUGUAAUCUUCUGAAAAUUGUGUUUUUAUAGGUCAACUUCUUUUGUUUACCUUCAAAACAAUGGCAUACGAUAUGCUCCAUGAGAUUAGCAAUCAGAAGGAUUCCUGAAAAGUCAAGGUCAGAAUAAUUAGGCUAUGGGAUGUCAUUAAUCUCAACAACAAUGAACUUAUUAGCCUUGACAUGAUACUACUUGAUGAAGAGGGUACUAUGAUACAUGGCAAGGUAAUGAAGCAUAUGGUUAACAAGUUCAGACCAUUGAUCCGAGAAGGUUUAGUCUACAUGAUAUCAAAUUUUAAGGUUAUGUCUGCAAUGAAUUUCCGCCCUGUUGAUAGCGAAAAGGUUCUAAAUUUCUUGCACACGACAAAAAUUCAAGAGAUAAAAGGUCAAAAAAAUAUCAAAAUAGCAGAACAAAGCUUCACGUUUUGUACUGUUGAAGUUCUUUACACAAGAGACAGCCAAAAGAUUUACUUAUCUGAUGUCAUUGGCAUAGCAAGUUACAUAGGACAUAUUGAAGAAACACAGACAACCCACGGGAUUUCAAAGAUUCGAGAUAUUGUGCUUCGGAUUGAGGAUCAAAAAAUUAAUAUUAGACUAUGGGGUAAUAAGGUUGGUCAAAUUGAUGAAGAUUCUUUGGGGCGUGUGGUCAUCGUAACAUCAACUACUGUUAGAAAACUCAAAGAGUACUCGCUGUCAUCUACAGGUGCGACCAGAGUUUACAUCAAUUUGGAUAUCCCUGAAACAAAUGAGCUUCAAACGAGGUAUUGCUUGCAAGAUGAUAUGGUAGAAGAAAUAGAGCCGGAAGCCCAUUUGCAAGGCACAAUUCAAGAACAGAUGCUCUAUAAUAGAAGAACCCUAAAAGAAAUAACUGAAAUUACAUAUGAAUCUGAAAAACAGGAAAAGUUCUAUACUGCAGAAGCAAUGAUUAAGUCAAUUAAUACAUCAGAUGAGUGGUACUACAUAGGAUGCCGUAAAUGCAACAAAAAAGUACAGAAACAAGGGAACCACUUCUACAGUCUGAAAUGUGAAAAAGAACCUGAGAAGAUAUGUCCAAGGUACAAACUGAAACUAGAGAUAUGUGAUCUGAGUGCAACAACAACUUGCACCAUGUUUGAGGCAGAAGCAAAAAAAUUGAUUAAGCAAUCUGCAAGUGUUUUGAUAGAGAGGGAUGAUUGUGAUAUCCAUGAGCAGACAAAACAAAUCCAGAAAAUAUGUGGGCAGAGAUUGAUUUUUCAAUUCAGAUUGAAUGACUAUAAUUUGAAGUACGGUUAUCAAGAAUACACUAUUCAUAGAAUCUUUUUCAUAGAUUCUGAAAAAGAUACAUCAGUAAAUCAUUCAAAUGUUGAGCAGAUGGAGGAUGAUAAACCCAUUCUAACAGACACUAAAAAGACUAGGAGGACUAGGAACACACGCCAUGUUGUACAUUCUGAUGAAGAAUCAGAAAAUCUGGAUAGUCAAGAGAAAGAUGAAUUCAUAUCUGUUGUUGAUAAGGAAUCUAAGAAAAAGGGAAUUCAAAAAGAUAGCCAUGAGCAAGCGGACAAGUUAUCAGUUAUGAAAACUAUAAAGCAAGAACUAGAGGAUGGUGAACCCACUAUUAACCGGACUAAAAGGGGUAGGAGAAGUAGCACAACUCAUUAUGUACACCUUGAUGAAGAACCAAAAACUGAAGGUAGUCAGGAAAUAAUGAAAUCAAAAUCUAAGGAAGCAGGCCCCAAGAGGAAACGCACCGUAACUCGCAAAUGUGUUGGUAUUAAUAGCAAACAAGUAAAGAAUGACCAUGAAGAAGAAUCAGAACAGGCAGGUACUGAGGAGCACAAUGAUUCAAGGCCUAGGACAAGGCGUAGUUGUGUCAAUAAAGAAUUGAUGAACAAAGACAUUAAGAAGUGUGAUGUAUCAAGAACUCAAAAGUCAAAUCGCUGAUUAGUGGAAAUCCAAUUAUUUAGCAUGUAAUAGAACAUAUAGGAGCAUCAGAUUUGUACUUCAUAUGAACAUCAUUGUUUAAGAUUGAUUUUAGUAAAUGUAAAUGCGUACCUUUGUGUUAGUAAA